CCUGCUCUUUACAUAACAAGAAGAAGAAGACGUCUCAUCGACCCCACCACACCGGGAUUUAAAGAUUUAAUUGCAUUUUAACCGAAAAUAAUGGCCAGCUCGCAGUCAAACGACGCCUGCAGCAUAUGCGACAAAGUGGGCCUCAAGCCCUUCACACGGGAGAAUGUGUUCAACUACUACAUACCUAUCCACGGCCUGGUGAGCUACGGAGCCCUGGCGGUGAAUGUUAUGAACCCCCAGAUCGUGCCCAAGAUCCUGCCCAAGAAGGACCUGACGAACGUCUUCCUCAUCUCGGCUGUGGUGGGCAGUGCCUUCUACAUCUACGGCAGGCCCCACCUGAAGGACGUGAAGAACAACAAGCGGGGAGCGUACGCCCUACUGGGAGCCACCCUCUUCUCCAUGGGAUCCGUUCUGGCCUGGGCGUUGAUCAAGUCCGCCCUGCCGCAAGACAACGCUCUGCUGGCGACCCUGGCCGGCUUGGGAACUGGAGCUGCCGUCGUCAAGCUCGGCAUUGACUACAUUCAGGACGUGGACAAGCUGCAGAAGAACUGAAGAUGAUCUAAUCGAUGGAACUGAGGUAUCCCUAACCCAAACUGGGUUCGUACUGUAAUUGCUGUCUUGGCCGUACAUAGCUCGUAAUGCAAUAUUAUCUCCCGCAUAUUUGAAUAAAAUUAUACAACAACCCCGA